AUGCUACCGAAAAAGUCUUUGUCGACGCUAUUCGGGUUCCUCAACACUUCAGUGUUAUCAGAAAUCAAAGUUUUUAAGUGUCCUGACCGUAACGAAUACUCCAUUAUGUCUGAGUGGACGCAGACCGACACUUUUCGGAAAGACAGUGUUUCAUAUUCAAGAAAUUAUCUGGUCACUUUACCACAACAUGACAUGCAUGAAAAUUUACAUGUGAACUACACUUCACAACUGCAGUUUUCCUCAUUUGGACAGUGUUUUCCUUUUGUCUCACAGAACCAUGUGCGUACUGUUUGGGAUAUUAAGUCUCCUGAAGGUUGUUACCGAGCUGUGUGUAUCGAAUGUAAUCCUCCACUGGCUUCAAAUCCUUCAAAGUCUACUGUCGCUAGUACCGCAGAAUCAGGUAUUUUCAUUCAAGUGUGGAUAAAUGGACGUUUCACGAACUCUAUAAAGCUCUCAGCACUUAAUGCUCGUCAUGGUCGUGUCUAUCCUUCGAAUAAUUCGACAUUCCAUGGAGCUGGAUGGUCAAAUGCAAGAGAUAAGAUUGUUUAUUUGGCAGAAGUUUGUAGUAAUCCUAGUGAGAAUACUACUAAUGAUCAAUCAUUGAAAGAUGACCCUUCAUCGUUUGUAUUCCAAGAGGAUUGGGGUGAAGGCAAUGAAGGAUCGCAUAAACCGAAGCUUUGUAUACUUGAUCUUACUACUGAAACUGUUAGUUUUGCUCCAAUCGAUGAAAAUAAGUAUAAUUUAGCUUGCAGUGAACCGUUAUGGAGUCCAGAUGAUAAUGGGAUUAUAUUUGUUGGUUAUCCUUCGCAAGCUUAUAAUCUUGGAUUAAUUUACUGUAUUCAACGUCCAUCUCAACUUUAUUUUUGGGACAUAAAAAAGAAUAGUAUUGAACCAAUCAGUGUGUCCGGUUAUUCAGUUCAAUGUCCGCGAUUUAAUCCCAACGGUACUUAUUUAAUUUGGCUUCAAAACCCUGUUGGUGGACCACAUGGCCAGUGUGUUUCAUUAGUUGGAACUCAAUGGCCAAUGAACUGCUUGAAACCCGAGGUUAUUAUACCAAUUAUCAAUAGUCCAUGCAGUGAUUAUAAGUGUACUAUUGAUAGGUUUCCAGGACUGUAUUGUAAAUUAGCAGACCGUUGUUGGUCUAGUGAUGGACAAUAUGUAUUAGUCUCAUCAUGUUGGGGAUUCGAGGUUGUUGGACUUCUUAUUUCAGUGACUGAAUCUAUUGCCCAAUCAAGACCAGUUAUAUAUAAACUGCCUAAGUUGCAUUUAACAUCAGAUGGAACUACGUUGUCAUCAUUAUCAAUUUUAGAUGUUUACGAUGAUAUUCUAGUGGCCUCUGUCAGUUCACCAAUUCAUCCACAGCAUAUAGCUGUAUUAAAUUUAAAGUAUCUGAAUCAUGCUAAUUUAUCUUCUGAUCUUAAUCAGCGUCCAUGGUUAAUCAUUUCUGAUGGAAUUGAUCUAAAACAAAAUCAUUUACGUUCAUUGAAAGGUAUUGACUGGUCAAUUCAUCAAAUAGAACUGGAAAAUAAAUCAGAUAAUCAAAUAAAUUCAUUUGAAUGUUUACUAGUUCAUCCCAUACUUCAAGAUGAUGGUUCAAUUCAACAAAUAGAUGUAUCCGACUUCACAUUUGCAAAAGAUCUAACAGAAAUUGUAGCAUGUAGACUUCGUGGUUUAAUUGUCAUGCCUCAUGGUGGUCCACAUGCACAUUCAAGUGCUUCUUGGUCUUCGAUGAUCGCUGGAUUUUGUUCGAUAGGCUUUGCUUGUUUAUUAAUUAAUUAUCGUGGAUCACUUGGUUAUGGCAAUGCGUUUGUCCAAGAUUUAAUCGGAUAUAUUAGUGAAAAAGAUGUGUCCGAUUGUGUUCAAGCUACUAAAUUUGCAUUGAAUUAUUUGCAAAAAUCUGGGUCCAACUUGAAAGCAGUUUUAUUUGGCGGUUCACAUGGCGGCUUCUUAACUUUACAUUUAGCCUCACGAUAUAAAAAUUUGUAUCAUGUAGCUACAGCUCGUAAUCCAGUGGCUCAUUUAGUCAGUCUUAUUGAUACAUCUGAUAUACCGGAUUGGUGUUAUACUGAAUCAGGUUUAGCAGAUUGGUGUGAAUGGCCUCUUGGUCAUUUACCGAAUGACAAUGAAUUAAUGCGUUUGUCAAAUCAAUCUCCUUUGAAAUAUUUAGAUAAAACAUGGUCUGUACCUUUGUUAAUGCUGUUAGGUGGGAAAGAUCGUCGUGUACCAAAUAGUCAGGGAUUAACAUUCUGUCGAAAGUUGAAAGCCUUAUGUCCAACUGUACCAUGUGAAACACUGCUCUAUCCAUAUGAUUCACAUCCGUUAGAUUCUCCAGCAUGUUCAUUAGAUGUUUUUGUGAAUUGCGUCAAUUGCAUAAUUCUGUGCUCUCUUUUUUGUUCAUUUUUUCACUUUGAAAUAAAUAAUAUUAAUAUGACCAGUAUUGACAAUUAUUUUGGAGAGUUUCUGGACAAUGAAGAUAAUGAACAAGAACAGGAUAGUAAACCUCUACAAGACAUGCGUUCUGGUGUAAUAUUUCUAAUUGAUUGUACGCCGACAAUGCUUGGAUUGCAUGGUUCAUUCGAUUUAAAUAGUAGUAAUGCAGUGGAUUCAUCAUCAGUAAAAAAUGGAUUUGAUUUAAGUCUGUUAUGUUGUCAAACAUUUCAACAGAAUAAAGCACUUCAUAGUCCUUUUGAUAUGAUCGGACUUGUUUUAAUGCGUACAAAUGAAUCAUCUGUUGACAUGAAGAAUAUUGUGGUUUUACAGCCUUUAGGUUUGGCUGAUUCUACACGUAUAUUAGAAAUUGAAAAGUUGAGACAGUUAAAACCAGAUGAAUUGGAGAAACGAUAUGGUACUAUUGUAAAUCAACCUAAUAUUACUUUCCCUCUACAUGAAGCAUUGUGGGUUUGUCAAAAUCAAUUUAUCACCAGUUCAAAGACAUUUGGUAUCAAACACAUCUUUCUGUUAACUGACGAUCCUGAUCCAGUAAAUAAAAAUGCAAAUUUGAAACGUAGAGCAAUUGCUAAAAUGGCCGAUAUGAAACAAUAUGGAAUUGAACUUGAAGUUAUUCCGAUUAAACAACAAAAUACAAAAUUUGAUUAUGAAUUAUUUUAUGAUGAGUUACUAGAGGAUGAAUUAAUGUAUCCUGAUCUAGACAAAUCUUAUCACCCUGAUCCAACUGAACGUCUUGAUGAAUUAUUAAGCCGUAUUAACUCACAUGAAUUACGUCGAUCACGUUUAGCUCGUUUGCCUUUUCAUCUUGGAUCAUCGAAAAAUCUCACUUUAGGUAUUUCAGUAUAUUGUUUAGUUCAUCCAACACGUAUCCCCUCUCCAAUAUGGCUUUCAUCUUCAGAUAAUAAAACUGUACGUGUUCAUAGAGAUUAUUAUAAAAUUAUAGAUCCAUAUGGAUCUUUUGAUCCAGUUAAAGAUUUAUUGUCAUCCCAUGAUUUAGUACGUGGAAUAAAACUUGAUGGUCGUUAUAUAUGCUUUGAUAAAGAUGAAUUAACUGAAGCUGUGCGUAAUAUUGCUCCUGUUGGCUUACACCUAUUAGGUUUUAUAUCACAGAAAUUUUUAAAACGAUAUUAUUACAUUCGUCCAGCACAUUUUAUUUAUCCUGAUGAAAAAUCUGUUCAUGGGAGUCGUUUAUGGUUUACCGCUUUAUUAAAUCGAUGUUUACAUCGAAAGUUAUUAGCUAUAGCUAUAUAUGUUCAACGUAAAGGUCAAUUUCCUCGUCUGGUUGCGCUACUUCCUCAGGCAGAACAGAUAAAUGAUGAUGAUGAUUAUGACGGUGCUAAUAAAACUCAAACAAUACCACCCGGAUUUCAUAUUAUAUUUUUACCUUACGCUGAUGAUUUUCGUGAUAUUGAAAUUCCAACGAAUGAAAUAGCUAACGAAUCUCAAGUGGAUAUUACUAAGGCCAUGAUACGCAAACUUAUGGUACCAUUUACUCCUGGACAAAUUGAAAAUCCAACAUUACAACGGUUUUAUUCACUUCUUGAAGCAUUAGCUCUUAAUCGGGAAACUCAAUCGGAAGUUGUUGAUCAUACAUUACCUAAACUCGGAGCUAUCAAAAGAAGAGCCAGUGAAGAAAUUGCAGCUUUCAAAGAAUGUUUCAAUUUAAAUAACGAGAGUAUAUUCAAAAAACCUCGUCCUGCACAAUCCACAUGCAAUGAAGAAGCAAAAUGUUGUUUAUCUGAGAUAGAAUGUAAAGAAGCCGUUCAAUCAGGUAAUCUACACAAAUAUACAUUACCUGUAUUACGUGAAACAAUCAAAUCACUUGGUCUCAAAAUUUCAGCCAGUAAAAAAUCAGAUAUUAUUCAAAAAAUCAUGAACCAUUUUUCAGAAAACUAA